CGGAUAGCUACUAGUUCCCUCCGCUCUUUACACGUAUGGUGGAUGCAGAUUACCCACUUGAGUUGCAUUUGCAACCUUGGGGUAUGAUCGAUGAGGUUUUUAUCCCAAUAAACUUUGAAAAUGCUCAUUGGGUAGCAGGGGUGUUGGAUUUGAAGGAGUGGAAGAUUACGGUUUACGACUCCUUACAGAGUUUCACAGCUAACCCGGAGCUAUUUAGGCGAAAGAUGUUGGGAUAUACGUCGAUGAUACCACAUUUACUAACUGCGACAUCAUUUUGGGCCGAUUCGCAUCGGAGUCCACGAGACGAUCCAUUUGCAUUGCAUAGGGUGGUGGAUAUACCGCAGUAGGCGCCUCUAUCAGGUGACUGUGGGGUGUUCAUAUUACGAUACAUCGAGUGUUUAGCACUUCACCGCUCGUUAUGCUUUGAGGGGGAUGACUCGUUACGCCUGCGCAUUCGUUUAGGCAUGCAGCUAUAUUUUCAGGAUAUUGA